GCGAUGCUCAGCUCACUCACCACCCUCCGGAGAAACUAGUUACAAAGGCAUCACCAUGCCGUCAGUCCCCGAGACCUCCACAACAAGCAAACUCUUCCUUGUCUGUUUUACCAACCUCCUUCUAAUCCUCCUCUUCCCAAGUUCCUCUGGUGUUCACGGGGUGUCACUCAGAGAGCACAAACUGCGGGGAAGUGAAUCAGACUCCCAGAGAGGAAAUGUCCACCAGGCUCCUAAUGCUGACAUGCUCAAAGCCUUGGAGUACAUUGAGAGCCUUCGUCAGAGAACCGGCACAGACUCCCAGCAGCACAACCCUCUCUCUGCAGGGUACGACGCCAGCCACAUGGAUGAUGCCGAGAAGCUGCGUGUGAUGCUGAGACUGGCUUCGAAUCCUAUACAGAGUAAAGAUGAGGAUGAGGAAGAGGAGGAGGGAAGGGAGGAUAAGAGUGAAGAGCUGCUCCAGGCCGUGCUUAGCACCCUCCAUCAGGCGGAAAGGGCCUCCAAGCCAGAGGGCAUGAAGGACAGCAUGUAUCCCAGGGUGCAGCAGAAGCAACACAGCAUCAUGCUCCACAAGAAGCUGCCACUAAUGUUUGAGGAUGAGGAAGAGGGUGAGGGGGGUGAGGAAGAGGAGGAUGAGGGGCCAGCUUUGGAGCACGAUAGCCAAUUCAAGCGCACCAAUGAGAACGUGGAGGAGAUGUAUACACCUCAGAAUCUGGCAACGCUGCAGUCUGUGUUUGACGAACUGGACAAGCUGACUAGUGCGAAGACCAUGUACAAACGCCAAUAUGAGGAGGAUGACAUGGAGGACGAUGAUGAGGAAGAAGAUGAUGAUAUGUUUAAUGUCAGGAAUGUGGCAUACGAUGACGUAGGCGGGGAUCUCGCACUCAACUGGGGUCCACUACAAGAACAGGAAGAGGAAGAGGAGAGGGACAACAAACAUGAGAUUGACCGAGGGCUUGAUUAUGCUGACGAUAAUGAUGAAAAAGACGAUGAGGAUGAUGAAGAGGAAGAUGAUGAAAGUUACCCAGUCAAGAGGACAAAAGAUCCAGAUGAUGUUGCCAACCUAUUGGACUAUUACCUACUGAAAGUGCUGGAGAAAACAGAAGAGGAAGAGAAGAAACGAGAGGUAGAGGAAGAGGAGGAGAAGAGGACUGAGAGGAGAGUGGCUCAAACACAGUACAGAGAUAAUAUAUUUCCAAGAACCAUCUACGAGUUCAUUCAGAUCUCCCAGAAAUACCAGAUUCCACCUGAAGACCUGAUGGACAUGCUCAAAACUGGAGAAAUGACGAAUCAAGACAAGUCACGAGAGAGCAACAAAUUAGCCAGAGCACAAAACAAGCUCUCUCAGAUAUCCUCAAAGAAGAUACACAAGAUUCCUGAAGCUAAAUUCAACAACAGACGCCUGCCUGAUAGUCAGAAAUCCCCAAAGGAGCUGAGGACAGAAGAAAUCCUCAACAUCCUGGGGUUACAGGGCAAGGACGAUCGAGCUCCUGUCAUGAAGCAGAAGCAGUACAAAAGCUUGCUGUCACGACUUCACACUCAGCCUGUGGGGCGUUCGGGGGAUUCCGCUCCCACUCAGCGGCGCCUUCCCAGCACAUUAAAGGAUGACUAUGACAACACCAUGGAUGAGGAUGAACUGGCAGCGUAUUUAGCAGCUCAGAUGCCGGCACAGUAUCUGAACCCCGUGUACAGCAACAACAACAAGGCGAGCCAAAAGCGGGACGAGACUGGUGAGAGCGUGACAGGCUCUUUUGAACAGGCCAUACAGGACUAUUUUGAUCAUAUGGACUCAGAUAAAAGACCAAGUGAAAACAGACAGUCUGAGGAUGGUGAGAGGAGUGGAGGCACACAAACACAAGGCUUUGAAAAUGAGGCAGUGAUGAAACUGCUGAGCUACCUGAACCCAGAAACUGAAGGAAGUGAUACCGAUGACAAAACUGCCCAAGGAAUGUAAAUAAG